AUGGGUAGUAUUGCUGAGAACAAUUCUUCUGCUGGCCUGGCCAUAGAAGCCAGGGGCACUCGCCCAAUCCGCAUAUGCGGCGCAUCUGGGUCAGUAUUCGAUCGACGGGCAAUCUUCGGAAACAUGGUCAACUCCUCAGAACCUAUCGAUCUGAUCAUUGGAGAUUGGAUGUCUGAGGGAAAUAUGCCAGCAUGUUCGACCAGAAAACUCGCAGGCGAACCAGGGUUCGAAGCCUCUUUUCUGGAAGUUCUAGAGCCCGUCCUCCCCAAAAUCGCCGAACGGGGCGUCAAGGUGGCAGUAAAUGCGGGAGGGUCUGACGCGCAGCUCCUGGCAACCAUCGUGCAAAAGUUAUCGGACCAGCAAAACCUGGAUUUAAUAGUGGCUUGGGUUUCUGGAGAUGAUGUGUUUGAACAGGUAAACAAACACCUCACCAGUGGCAAGGCAGUUCUCAAUAGUAUCGAUACUGGAGAACAAAUCUCGGAUUGGAAGUUCAAACCGGUGGCUGCUCAAGCAUAUUUGGGUGCUUUUGGGGUGGCUAAAGCGUUUGAGUUAGGGGCAAAUAUAGUCAUAUGUGGACGAGUGGCCGACGCAAGCCCAACCAUCGGCGGGGCUAUCUGGUGGUACAAUUGGACCAGAGACAAUCUUCAAGAACUGGCGUUCAGCUUGGUCGCAGGUCAUCUCGUAGAAUGCUCUACCUACAUUACAGGCGCCAACUUUUCCGGUUUCAAAAGCAUUCCUAGGAGUGAAGAUCCCGGUCUCCCAAUUGCAGAGAUCCAUUCAAACGGAGAGUUCGUUAUCACAAAACUUACGGGAAGUGGGGGAGCAGUCACCACUGAGACGGUCAAAGCCCAGCUUCUCUAUGAGAUUCAAGGACCAUGGUAUUUCAACUCUGAUGUCACCGCAGUUUUGGAUGAAAUCAGAAUUGAUCAACUUGAACCUGAUGUUGUCGCUAUCAGCGGUAUAACAGCUCUCCCUCCUCCUGUGACGACAAAGGUUGGCAUUUCUGGGGUUGCUGGAUACUCUGCAGAACUCCACUGGGCAAUUGUGGGCCUCGAUGUACAAGCUAAAGCAAAGAUGAUAGAGUCUCAUCUCCGUCUCAGUCUCGGAGAAGAGCGAAUCAAGAAACUCUCACUGUUGAAAUUCACCACAAACGGUACUGCAGCAGCUAAUCCCCGUCGACAAAAUGACGCAACAGUAGAUUUCCGAAUCUUCGCACAAGCACAAAAUGAAGAGGAUUUAUCGACGGAGAACUUCAUGCGGCCUGUGUGGGACAUUAUUAUGUGCACAUAUCCUGGAGCGACGCCACAUGCGGCUACAAAUGCGGGACUUCCACGACCUUGGUUUGAGUACUGGGUGACCUUGCUUGAUCAAGCCGAGGUCAGACAUGUUGUUCAUCUUCCCAACAACCGAUGCAUCGAAAUUCCACCACCUACCAGAACUAGAACGUACCCCUUACAGCAGCCUUCUUACGAUCCCACGAAUCCGACCGAUCUUUCUACUUUUGGGGAGACUGUCGAGUGUCCUAUUGGCUUUAUCGUGCAUGCUCGCUCAGGUGAUAAAGGUUGCAAUGCCAAUGUUGGGUUCUUCGUCCGAUACGAGGAUGAAUAUGAGUGGCUUCGCAGUCUGUUGACGAUUCAGAAAAUGAAGCAGCUACUACGGGACGAGUACUCAGGCAAUGCUAUCGACCGAUUUGAAUUACCAAACAUUUGGGCAGUUCACUUCGUAUGCCAUCAACAUCUGGAUCGAGGAAUUAAUUCCUCUAGCACUUACGAUAUACUCGGAAAGAACUUGGGAGAAUUUCUUAGAGCGCAACAUGUUGCAGUUCCCACAAGAUUCUUGGACAGAGGGAGAAUAUAG